AUGAUCGGUGAGAUCGGGUUCGAUGUUCCGACCGGAAAUAAACAGUGCACAUUCGAGAUGUGCCAUCAAGCAAUCGAGAGGUUCCUGCCGACAGCUGGUUUUCGAUCGUUGUCGGGCCGAUUCGCGUACUGGCUGCUGCUAGGUAGUACAGUGUUCAAGAAAUCCCCAAACGGAUUUUGUCGAUGGGAACAUGAACGUUUGGUGGUACAUAGGAUCAGCUCUUAUUGUACGAAUCAGGUCGAUCCCGACUGCAGCGCACAAGUCUCUCAACAGCUCGACCCUAGAUCGCACGCUGGUCCAGUUGUGGACUCUCCAGUUGUGGACUCUCCAGUUGUGGACUCUCCAGUUGUGGACCCUUUGGAAGUGGAUAGAUGUACUGGUAGCACUUACACUAGGAGUAACAAGUCUGAUGUUAAUAAAGGUAUUCAAAUCAUCUUCCCAGAAGAGGAGGGGUUGUUUGUUGACGCGAGAUGUCUGGUAUGGGCGUAUGACAUACUAAGUCAUGGUUGGUGGCACUUGGUUCCUUUCGAAGUGAAAAAGCCGAUAUCGGUUUUUGGACUUGCUCGAAAGGCUGUUGAGUGGGAGGAAGCGAGGAAGGCUAACCCGGCUUUAAGACCCAAUAUAACAUUCGAAGCAAGCUGCUAUAAGGUUUCUUAUGGCUAUAAGAUUGUUUGGGAUCUAGUAAUGUUCUCUGAAUGGUUGCGGACGGGACGAUCUACAGGUGACGUUGGAUUUAAACAUGUGUCGCAAGAGAACAGACAAGGUGGUUGGUUGAUUGCGUCAGGCGACGCCAGUGCUGCAGUUCGUGACUUGGUCCAAUCUUGGCCGACUAAUCAGUCGUCCAAGGGGGAGGGAUUUGCGUGCAUAUUGCGCCGUUGGAGACGUCGGUAUAAACCCCCGACAUUCGCAGGAGAAGGUGGGUCACUACGGUCUCGUACUGAGUGCCUCUCGUGGCGGGAGUUCACAGGAAUAGUCGUCAAGACGUUGGGGGAAUUAGGAGUGCCCGUGGAACAAGCCCCAAAAGAGCUGCGCAGGUGUCAGCGAAGACAACAAAUACGCGAGAAGGUCGCAGCAUUCACAGAAUUGAAUGACCCCGCACACACAUCGUUCCUAGACGUCAUGAUGAGCGACUCACCCCCAUCCCAUCUGAUGAGUAUUUCGGGAAAUAAGUUUCAGGUAGUCAAGGAAACAGAGACUGGAAUGCAGAUUCCACCACGCUACCUGGUUUGGGCGUACGACGUUCUGAAUCACGACUGGUGGGCUGCGGUACCGGAGGACAUCUUCUGCUCCGGACUGUCCGUCUUCGGAUUGGCUCAGAAAGCAUGUGAAGCCAACAAUCAGAAAAUCCAUAGUUUAUCCGCGAGCUGUUAUAACUGCGGAGAACGUAAUAGGGCGCAUCGUUUUACGCAAAGUUGUGAGAGGUGUGAAGAACCAUGGAGUCCAGAAGAGUUUUGGGAGUGGCUUCGAUCCAGACAUUUCGAACACGUGUGCGAUCAGCUGAAGAAUAAUGGCCAACCGACAGAAGAGUGUGCGGCAGACACACGUCCAUCUGUCAACUGGGAAAACAUGAAUCGAGAUCACUUAUUGAAGAUGAUAGAUGAGAUCGGCUUCAAUGUUCCUAUAGGAACAGAAGAUUCAACAUACCAGGUGUGUGACGAAUCAAUUGAGACAUUCAUGCCUACAGCUGGUUAUCGGUCAUUCUUGGACAAAUUCGUGGGUGCACGGACCACGCGUAGUGGUGUGUUUAAGAAAUCAUCCGACGGGUUUUAUCCGUGGGAGUUUCAGCGCUUAAUCGUACACAGAGUUAGCUCAUGUUCUACUACUACUGAUCCGAGCUGUGGCACUGGGGAUUGUUGA